CGCCACCACCCAUCAAAGCAAUCCAAGCUAGCAGAGCAGCAGAUAUUGAAAACAUAUACACAUAAAAGACGUACGUACAGGCAGUCUUGAGGAGAGGCCAAAGCAACAAAAAAUGGCAGCUCUCGCCGUGGUCUUCGCCAUCACCGCCAUCAGCGGCGCGGUGGCGGCGGCCGACGAUGUUGCGUCUUCUACGGCCGCUAGAAAUUUCACGGUAGCGUCUCCUCCCUCUCCGACGACGACGACCAGUGGUCCGGUGACGUACGUGUUCGGCGACUCGAUGUCGGACGUGGGCAACAACAACUACUUCCCCACGUCCCUCGCCAAGUCCAACUACCCCUGGUACGGCAUCGACUACCCCGGCCGCGAGGCCACCGGGAGGUUCACCAACGGAAAGACCAUCGGAGACUACAUGGCCGAGAAGUUCGGCGUCCCGCCCCCGCCGCCGUUCCUGUCGCUGAGGAUGACAGGCAAGGACGUGCUCGGCGGCGUCAACUUCGCCUCCGGCGGCGCCGGCAUCCUGAACGAGACGGGCGUCUACUUCGUUCAGUACCUCUCGUUCGACGAGCAGAUAUCGUGCUUCGAGAUCGUCAAGAGGGCGAUGAUCGCCAAGAUCGGCAAGGACGCCGCGGAGGCCGCUGCUAAUGCGGCCUUGUUCCAGAUUGGACUCGGGAGCAACGACUACAUCAACAACUUCCUGCAGCCAUUCAUGGCGGACGGCACCACGUACACGCACGACCAGUUCAUCCGCCUCCUCAUCACCGCCCUAGACCGGCAGCUCAAGCGGCUGUACGGGCUCGGCGCGCGGAAGGUGGCGUUCAACGGGCUGCCCCCGCUGGGCUGCAUCCCGUCGCAGCGCGUCCGCUCCACGGACGGCAAGUGCCUGUCCCACGUCAACGACUACGCCGUGCAGUUCAACGCGGCCGCCAAGAAGCUGCUCGACGGCCUGAACGCCAAGCUGCCCGGCGCGCAGAUGGGCCUCGCCGACUGCUACUCCGUCGUCAUGGAGCUCAUCGAACACCCCGAGGAGAACGGGUUCACGACGGCGCACACGUCGUGCUGCAACGUGGACACGGAGGUCGGAGGGCUGUGCCUGCCCAACACGAGGCCCUGCAGCGACCGCAGCGCGUUCGUGUUCUGGGACGCCUACCACACCUCAGACGCCGCCAACAAGGUCAUCGCGGACCGCCUCUGGGCCGACAUGACGAGCGCCGGGCACGGGAGCGCCUCGGCUACUCCUCACGUCGCCGCGUCUAGCCCCGACGUGGCGCCGUCUCCAUCCCCGUCUCAGGACUAUUGAGGAACCCAAACCGACGACCAAGCCGAUCGAUGCACGGUGUUGCCAAGCGCCAGCUAGCAGGACAUUUUGGCAUUUGAAUCUGCAGAUGCUCAGUUCACCUUAUGUUUCACAGAGAGCGAGGAGCAUAUACGUUGUGUUUUGAUGUUGUGUUAGAGAUUUAAGAAUGGAAAGUUUAUGUGUUUUGUAAUUUCGUAUACACUUUUUAAUAUUUAAAAUUAUACCCUAAAUAUUCUGCUC